AUGGUCACCAGUGCAUCAAUAGCUAUCUCGUUGAAGGUUGGAGAGUUCUCUAUUCCCGUAUGGAAUACCGAUCAUGUCGGUCUCAGAGUCCCACAGGCAUCGGAGUACCCCCUCAUGCCCGAAGAGUUGGUCUCUUAUACAGCCAUGCAGAGUGCUGACCUCCAGAACGCUACAUUGCCGAAGGCUGCGGAUGAGCUAUGGCAACCGAGUCCACCACUUCGUCGACAGAUCAGAGACUAUAUUCAGGCCAACCAGACACCUGAUGGGGAGGUCAAUGCGACGUUCUGUGUGACUUGGGAGUUUGGUCACUCCCAACCUGGCAGUGUACGGUCCUCGGGCUAUCAUUGCGUGCAGUCAGUGGAGCCGGCGCAGCAGCUUCUGGAUGCGAUGGCCUUGGUGAACGGUAGCCAGCUACAUAUAGACGGGCUCUUACCUAGGGCGCUUUAUCUGAAUGGCCCAUGGGCAAGCCCUCCAGGGUCAUUUCGCCAGUUCACCAACGUAUCGUUGAAGGUUGAAGAGGAGGAUUCUCAGAUAUGGUGGUCUCUGGCUGAGAACCCCACAUUGGCGGUGGUCAGUGAGAGGGCGGUGCCGCCCAGUGCUGGAGGAGGUGCAUCGGCAUCCUCAACUCUCAGCGUCAUCAGCCUCUAUGUGGGCGUGGUUCUCACUAUAGGACGCUUCUUCAGGCUGGUCAUCCAAGACAGCAGUAAACGCAUCAUGUUUGAGGAGCUCCCAUCGGUAACGUAUCUCCUUCAGCUCUGUCAAGGAGUUCAGAUCGCUCGUAUGCGCACUCACUAG